GGGACUAAAAAGGAGUGGGUGUGUUAGAGAGAAGCUUGUUGAUAUAAAAGCUCCCUCUCUCAUGUGUGUUCCCACAUAUCCUGUGUGUUUCUUGGGACUCCUGCGUGUGUGUGUGUGUGCGUGUGUGUGUAUGUGUGCACUUGAAAGACAAGAGCAGUGUGUGUUUGAGCCCUUGCAGCACUGAGGACUGAUAACUUCACAGGAUGCAUCAGCUUCUGGUGGUGACCUUACUGUUGGUGGCCUUCUGCAGUCUGGAGACCACAGCUUUUUCAGCAUAUGACAAGAUAGUCACCCACAGCCGCAUACGGGCCAGGGAUCAAGGACCCAAUGUGUGUGCUUUGCAGCAAGUCACGGGGACCAAGAAGAAGUACUUCAGCACAUGCAGGAAUUGGUACAAACGCAGCAUCUGUGGCAAGAAUACUAUGGUUGUAUAUGAAUGCUGUCCAGGUUAUAUGAAACUGGAGGGUACGAAAGGAUGCACUGCAGUGGCUCCCAUUGACCAUGUGUAUGGUACACUGGGCUUUGUCAAGGCUACAACCACACAGCAAUAUGCUGAAGUCUCUAAACUGAGAAAUGAAAUUGAGGGAAAAGGCGCCUUCACCUUGUUUGCACCUAGCAAUGAUGCCUGGGAUGAGCUGGACCCUGCUCAACGAUCUGCACUAGAGAACAAUGUGAACAUUGAACUCUACAACGCUCUGCAUUACCACAUGGUAAACCACCGUGUCCUCACCAAAGACAUGAAGAAUGGCAUGACUGUCAGUUCCAUGUACAAUGAAGAGGGGCUGCACUUCAACCACUACCCAAAUGGGGUUGUUACAGUGAACUGUGCCAGGAUUCUCCAUGCUAACCAGCUGGCCACAAAUGGUGUGGUGCACGUCAUCGAUCGGGUAAUCAAGGCUGUGGGGAACACCAUCAAGGAUCACUUGGAGUUCAAUGAAGACCUUUCCUCUUUUAGUGCUAUAGCAUUAGCUUCCGAUGUGAUGGACAAGCUGGGUGAGCCUGGCCAGUACACUUUGUUUGCUCCAACUAAUGACGCCUUUGACAAAAUGAACCCAGACUACUUGGAGAAUAUCAUGGGAGACCCGGCUGUUGUUAAAGCCCUGGUGAACUACCACCUGUUAAAGAGUGUCCAGUGUGCAGAAGCAAUCAUGGUGGGAUCGAUCUAUGAGACGGCAGAAGGCAGCAACAUAGAGAUUGGCUGUGACGGUGACAGUCUGACUGUGAACGGCAUCAAGAUGGUGCUGAAGAAGGACAUUGUAGCGACCAAUGGCGUCAUCCACCUGAUAGACCAGAUGCUGAUCCCAGACUCAGCCAAGGAAGUGAAAUCGUUACUAGAAACCUCCCAGAGCACUUUCAGCAGGAAGUUGUCUGAACUGGGCUUAGCUGAAUCCCUGGGUCCAAAGACAGAGUACACCCUCCUAGCUCCUUUCAACAGUGCCUUCACUAGUGAAAUGAUGUCAAUGGACACAAACAUGCUGAGACUCAUUUUGGAAAACCACAUCUUGAAGAUAAAAAUGAAACUGAGUGAGCUGUACAACGAACAGACGCUGGAAACAAUCGCUGGCAAACUGCUACGAGUCUUCAUUUACCGCACUGCUGUGUGCAUAGAAAACACAUGUAUGGUGCGUGGCAGUAAGGAGGGGAGCAAUGGGAUGCUCCAUUCUGUGAGGUCUCUAAUCAAACCACCUGAGAAAACUAUCUAUGAGCUCCUGAUUGCUGACGGACGUUUCAAGAAAUUCCUGUCGUUAAUGGAAACAGCAGGUCUGUAUGAUCUGUUAAAGCAGGAAGGCUCUUACACCGUCUUUGCACCAACGGACGAUGCCUUUGUCGACCUCAGCAAGGAAGACAUGGCUCUGCUCAGAAGUGAUCUAACUGUUCUGAGAAACAUCCUGCUGUACCACUUCAGUAAUGGUACCUUCAUCAAUGGAGGAUUAGAGGGAGGAGUUACCAAUCUGCUCAAAACCUUCCAGGGCAAGAACCUGCAAGUUAAAUCUGUAAACAACUCUAUCCUUGUCAACUCUGUGGGUGUGCCAAACAGUGACUUGAUGGCAACAAACGGUGUGAUCCAUAUAGUGAAGAAUGUUCUUUAUCCUGGGGACCUUCCUGUGGGCCGUCAGGACCUCCUGAUCCUCCUGAGGAAGCUGAUUAAGUACAUUCAGAUAAAGUUUGUCUCUGGAUUCUUCAGUGUUUUGAUCUGUUCACCAUCAACUGAGAUCCCAACCUCACACUGUUCCUUCCUCUUGUAA